AUGGAUGCGGCGCGGGUAUUGGUGACUUUCAAAGAUGUGGCUGUGACCUUCACCCAUGAGGAGUGGAGACAGUUGGACCUGGCCCAGAGGACCCUGUACCGGGAGGUGAUGCUGGAAACUUGUGGGCUCCUGGUUUCUCUAGGGCAUCAGGUUCCCAAACCAGAGCUGAUCCAUCUGCUCGAGCAUGGACAGGAGCUGUGGACAGUGAAGAGAGGCCCUUCCCACAGCACCUGUGCAGGUGAAAGAGUACAACUUCAGACCAGAGAGCCAACCCCUCGUCUGCCAGUCUUAUCUGAGGAAGCCUUUCUCCAGGGAAGUCUGACUCUGGGAUUGUCAAAGGACUCCAGAUUGAGGAAGUCCAGGGAACAGGGAGGGCUUUUGGAAAUGCAGAAAGGUCAAGUGAAGCCAGGGACAGACCCUCACAAGGAGACCUAUCCUGAGAAAAUGAGCCUUGAAGAUGAAGGUCUGGGGACAUAUGAUAAUCUGCACUGUAGGGUAUCUCUCGGAGAUAUUCUCCUUGAACAUGACUCACAGCAAACAAGGAAAGACACCUUGGUUCAUGCCAGGACAAACCCCUACAAAUGCAAGCAGUGUGGGAAAUGUUUUAGCCGUAAGUGGUAUCUUGUACGACAUCAGCGGGUUCACACUGGAAUGAGGCCAUAUGAAUGCAAUGCAUGUGGGAAAGCUUUUAGCCAGAGCUCAACUCUCCUUCGGCACUACCUAAUCCACACUGGGGAGAAACCAUACAAGUGCCUAGAAUGUGGGAAGGCCUUCAAACGCAGGUCAUACCUCAUGCAGCACCAUCCGAUCCACACUGGAGAAAAGCCCUAUGAGUGCAGUCAGUGUCGAAAAGCCUUCACUCACCGCUCUACUUUUAUUCGCCAUAAUAGGACCCACACUGGAGAAAAACCCUUUGAGUGCAAAGAAUGUGGUAAAGCCUUUAGCAACAGGGCACACCUAAUUCAACACUACAUCAUCCACACUGGAGAGAAGCCCUAUGAUUGCAUGGAGUGUGGAAAAGCCUUCAGAUGCAGCUCAGAGCUCAUGCAGCACCAGCGGAUUCACACUGGGGAGAAGCCCUAUGAAUGCACCCAGUGUGGUAAAGCAUUUCAUCGGAGCACAUACCUCAUUCAGCACUCUGUCAUCCACACUGGGGAGAUGCCCUACAAGUGCAUUGAGUGUGGCAAGGCCUUCAAACGCAGGUCACACCUUCUACAGCACCAGCGGGUCCAUACUUGAGAGAAGCCCUAUUGGUUCAGUGACCAUAGAAAGGACUUCAUCUACUGCUUCUCCUUCCCUCCUGA